AUGUCGCAACCUUUCCGUGAUUCCACUAAUAAAACUCCCGUUAGCAAGCUUAUGAAAAAUAUGGGCGACUUAUCUUUAAGGACUUUCGGUGGAUCAUCUAACGUUUCUAUGAUCCAAGCGAAAAAAGGUUUGAGACGAAGAGAUGUUACUCCUACACGAAAUGCUAGUUACAUUAAUACCUCAGUUAUGGGAGACAGAUUCAUUGGGAUUCGACGAACUGAACCAGAACAAGAACUUGCCAAUCAUUUAUUACAACAAGCUCCUGACACUUCGUUCAACACAUCUUACUCCUUGCCAAAUUCACCAGUGAAACAAACCGGAAAAGAUCAGCUGAAGAAAUUGAUGAGAUCCAAAUCCGCGUCAAACUUGGAAUCUAACGAAGAGGAGAGAAUACUUGUCUACAAAAAAAACGCUGCUCCUCUUCCUGCAGUGGGUCAUCUCAGCCAAGCCAAGGUGCUUUAUUCUGCAUCUUGCGUGAGACCAUCGUCUUCUGUUAAAAAAAGCACGCGUUAUAUCCCGCAAGUGCCUGAGAGAAUUCUAGAUGCUCCGGAUUUCAGAGAUGAUUAUUAUCUGAAUUUAAUUGAUUGGAGUAGUAAUAGUAUAGUAGCCGUAAUUCUUGGCUUUUCGCUCUAUUUGUGGAAUGCUGACAAUGGGGAGAUUCAGCUUCUCUUCGAAUUAGAUGGUAACUCGCACGAGCAACCAACGUCAGUGAAGUGGGCUAAGGAUGGUCAUCACCUUGCCGUUGGAUUCAACGAUGGUUCAUUGAGAAUUUACGAUCCAGAAAGACCAAUGCCUUCCAAUGGCCGCCUUGAGCUGCGUACAAUGAAAGUUCCUAUUCAAAGUCGUUGUGGCUCGUUGGCUUGGAAGGGAGCUGUCGCUUCAGGCGGAUACUUAUCAGGCCAAAUAAUUCAUCACGAUGUUAGGGUAGCUCGUCAUAUAAUUGGCUCUUUCAAUGGCCAUCACCGUGAAGUUGUUGGUUUACACUGGUCCCCUGGUGAAAAGUAUUUGGCUUCUGGAGGGUGUGAUAACACUGUUCGUCUAUGGGAUAGCGAUCGUGUGGGAACCGGAGAUGUUUCGGAAAGCGUUUACACUUUUGAUGAUCAUAUAGGCUCCGUACGAGCCGUACAGUUCUGUAACUUUAAAGCAAGCAUAUUGGCAACAGGUGGCGGUUUAACCGAUAAAACAAUCAAAAUUUGGAAUAUUCAUAGUGGAGAGUUAAUGCACAAUAUUAACACUGAGUCCGCGGUUAAUAGUAUAGUGUUUAAUCGGGACUAUAAAGAAAUGAUGACUGCACACUCAUCAGGGCAGUUACAUAUUUGGCAAUAUCCCUCGUACGCCAACACAUGUAUUUUAAAAGGACAUCAACCAGAACGAGCCGUGUCAUUGGUAGCGUCGCCAUGUGGGCAGUACGUAAUGAGUGCCGGAGCCGAUGAGACGUUGAGAUUAUGGAUUCCAUUCAAGGUGGAUAAAACGACUGCUAAAUUAACCAGUCAAAAUAAAUUAAUGGGUAUGAAUGUUCGUUAA